AUGAGAAUUCACAGAGGAGAGAACCCGUUCGUGUGCCUUCAGUGUGGAAAGAGCUUGACAAGCAAAGGAAACCUUAAUAUGCACAUGCAAAGUCACACCAGAGUGAAGCCUUUCACAUGUCAGCAGUGUGGAGUGAGUUUCACAGAGAAGAAAAUCCUUACGAAUCACAUACAAACACACACUGGAGAAAAGCCCUUCACGUGCCUUCAGUGUGGAAAGACUUACGCCCAGAAAGGUAACCUGAGUAGUCACAUGAGAGUUCACAACCCAGAGAAGACUUUCAAGUGCCUUCAGUGUGGAAACACCUUCAAAUGUAAAGGCACCUUUAAUUUGCACGUGCGAAUUCACAUGCAGGAGAAACCUUUCAUGUGCCCUAUGUGUGGGAAGUGUUUUUCGCAGAAAUCACACCUGAAGAUUCACAUGGGUAGUUCACACCAGAGAGAAGCCGUUACCGUGCCAGCACUGCGGGAGAGCUUUUAA